UGGAAGUGAAAGUGAAUGAAUCUCGGAGGCUUAAUUAGAGAGGACGCUUGCGCCUGCGCCAGUUCCUCUGAAACAACCGCGGUCGACACACGCUUCUUGCGUACAAACAGACGUACGCUCAGUUCUAACGCUCGCAACAAUCAGCUUCAUUUUAAACUCCCAGAGAUGAGCCGGCACGCUUGCUUGGCAGCAGCCGCGCUGUUGGCGGUCCUCUGCGUCGCAGACGCCCAACGACGCCUGGCCUUACCUGACCCUAGGAGUUGCGCUAACCGAGUUCGUCACUCUACGUACCGCGAUGGACGCGGUGUAUUGCAUUCGUACUUCUUCAGUUGGGAACAUGCUCCAACACGUAGUUUGGAAGUUGACUGGUUGGAUGCCAGGAACAUCUGCCGACGACACUGCAUGGACGCCGUCUCUUUGGAAACUCCACAGGAAAAUGAGUUCAUAAAGCAAAAAAUAGCGAAAGGAAAUGUUCGUUACAUCUGGACAUCGGGUCGCAAGUGCAACUUUGCUGGCUGCGAUCGCCCUGACCUUCAGCCACCUAAUGUAAACGGCUGGUUCUGGUCUGGCUCCGGUGCUAAGAUCGGGCCAACUCAACAACGUAACACUGGUGACUGGUCCUACACGGGAGGAUAUGGACAAGCCCAACCCGACAAUAGAGAAGCUGCACAGGGUAACGACGAGUCCUGUUUGGCUAUCCUGAACAACUUCUAUAACGACGGUGUGAAGUGGCACGAUGUCGCCUGUCAUCACGUGAAGCCAUUCGUGUGUGAAGACAGUGACGAGCUGAUAAACUUCGUACGCUCUCGCAACCCUGGCCUUCGUCUUUGAGAAACUUUAUAAACCACUUCACAACCCAGCCCUCUACUUCAGACGGCUUUUGUACAAAAACCCAAGUGGCUAACUCUAUUUAA